AUGAGCACAUAUGAUCAUGACAAACGUUUGAUGUCUGAUAGCGAGUCAGAAUUUGAGAGGGAACCUACAGCGUUCGAUGGAGAAUCAUCGAACGAUGAGAGGGAUACUGACAGUGAAACAAUGGAAUUUGAUAGUUUUGAAAGUGAGGGCGCCGAUGAUGAAGGGCCCAAACUUGAAAUUGAUGAAAGGGGAAGGCAUGUGAAGCAAACGGAAGGCGUAGUGCCGUUGGCCCAUAUUUCCAAGCGAACUGGAGUUGGCCAGCACUAG